AGCAGCAGUGGUCCAGCCCCUCUGAAUCUGAAAAGCAUCACUGGAGCCUCUGGAUAAAGACCAGCCUCAUAGCAGGGCUAGGAGAGAGGAUUUCUGCUCAGUGCUAAGCGUGAAGCAGAUGUGAGGAAGCAGCAGCAUGGAACUCAAGAGAGGAAAGACUUUCAUAAAAUCCAGUGUGCAACACGAGAAAGUGCCACCAGCACACACCGCUCCUACAAGCAGAGAUGAUGUGGGCAAGGACAAAAGGGCUGCUCUGGAGGGAAAUCAAAGCGUAGCCCAAGUCCAGCUGACGUGUUUGGCCACGCACAAGAACUACAGAUUUUCCAGCAGAGCAGCAAGGAGCGGGGCUGGUGAGAACAGCCUAGAAAAGCCUUCUGGGGCCUCCUACAAACUCGUGAGGAAGAGUAAAACCCACGACUGUGUUAGCGAGGCUGAUAAAAGCGAGCGAUGCGGCCCCAGCAGCAGGGCUUGUGAGGAAGGGUUUGCUGCAAAGGGCAAGGGGAGACUUGUCAAUAGCGCCAGCUUUUCGGGGGUGUCCAGUUCCACCAGUAAGAAAGAGUGUGUGGUCAACCCCAGCCCGCCCGCCUGCAGCAGCCAGAUGAUCGAUUACAGGAACUUUGUGCCACAGAUGCCUUUUGUACCGGCUGUUGCAAAAACUAUUCCCAGGAAGAGGAUAUCCCUCAAGAGAUCGAAGAAAGGGCUCAGAGAUAUAUUUCAUAUAAAGAAAAGUAAGCCAGAGAGCUUCACGUUCCUGGUUGAGAAGGACAAGAAUCCGUCCUCUCCAGGCUGCAAGGGUGAGAUGCCUGGGCGUCUCGCAAAGUCCUUUUUCAAAACUGGAGAAACAUUUGCUGCUGACUGCUUGUCCCAAGACUGCUCUGACAACGAGCUGCAGUCUGACUCUUCCUACGACUGCUGCAAUGCUCUGUGUGAAGAUGUCGCAUCGCUGAAGAGCUUUGACUCCCUCACUGGCUGCGGGGAAAUCUUUGCUGACGAGAGCUCUGCUCACCUGGAGCUGGAGAGCAGCAAAGAAGUCCUGGUGAGACGGAGCAAGCACAAGGAGAGCCCCGUCAUGGGCUCCUUCCAGGGCGGUGUGGAGCAGCUGGCCUCCCCCGGCCAGAAUGAGGCCGUUGAAUUUGCAAAGUUUUGGGACAACAUUAACAAAUCAGUGAGGCUGCAUCAGAGCAUGCUGUUUGAUAAGAAGGUACUGAAGGUUCCCGACUCUGAAAGGGGAAAAGCUGGAGGCCAGGCUGCUGCACUUGCCACAAGUCCCCAGACACCGCCUGAUAAAGAUGGAGACAAUUCCAAAGAGAGCUCCACAGAAACUGGAACACCAAAAAGUGACAACCAGGAAUCCAUAUCCACAAGCGAUGAAGGUUACUAUGAUUCAUUCUCUCCUGGACAAGAUGAUGAAGUGAAGGAAGCUCAGACUCCUGGGGUCCCAGGCAGAUUUCCAAGAGACAGCUACAGUGGAGAUGCCCUUUAUGAGCUCUUCUAUGACCCAAACGAAGUCAAAAUAAACCCAGUCAUGGAUGAUGACUUGUGUACAUCUGAAAGCAUUUCAGAACAAGCCAUUGAAAUCCCCUUGUCCAUCUACAGCUUUCAUGUUGGAGCUGAAGAAAACAUGGCUUCCCAGCCAGGUAUAGACAUUAUCAGCCAAGGAUUUUUCCACAGCACAUGGAAAGGAAAAGAAUGUUUGCUGAAGCUCUGUGAUACUGAACUUUCACUAACAAUGGGGAUAAUAAACUGGCUGCGAAAACACGCGGGACUUGUUUCUUCCCCAGACUCUCUGCAGAGUCCCAGAUCACAGACAGAAAAUGUAAUGUGUAAUGACUCACUGAUCACUCGCAGUCCCAGUCCAGAGCAGGUAGUUAGCACAGAGGCUCAACAGGAGAAAAAGUGCAAGGAAGAAUCUAAUUCAUCUCACCUAAGGGUGUUUUUGGAUGAAGGCAAGGCUGCAACCCAGACCUCUUCAGAAAAUGUUGCUGUAAGAGAGUCUUACACUCACACAGAUAAUGUGGCCUUCCAAGGAAGGACAGGGAGCCAACACCAGGACUCACCUACAGUGCCUGGCACUGUAGAAACCACCGAAGCAUCAAACUGUGUACCACAGUCACAGGUUAAUGGGGACAACAGACAUCCAUCUUCAACUGACGAUGAGAAGGUGACAGUGUCAGAGGGAUGCCAGACAUCAGGAGGUGAAAACCCGCUGACAGAAAGUUUGAGCAGACACAGUGGCUCACAGAGCUCUGAAAACCCUUUGCUAAACGACAAUCAUGACGUAGAGUCUUGUUAUUCCUACAAGACUGCUGCCACCUCACCCCUGGAUCCUCUGGAGAAGGAGGACAGAAGUGAAGUGAUGUACCACUCCCUGUCCAUCUGCAAUGAGCUGCUGCAGCCUCUUGGGCUCGGACAUUUCCAGGGCUACAUCAGCCCCACGCCGCGGGAGAGCAGUGCUGGCAUAGUGCAGCUCUUGGAGCACUGCAUGACACAAAUGGCAUCGUUAAAAAUCAGCUACGACAACAAGCACCUGGAAGACAACUGUAUUGGAAAUGACACGAACAGUAUUAUCUGUAAGAUGUCUCAAUACAAAAACAAGCUGUUGUUGCAAAAUGAAUUCAACUGCGCUGACCAAAAGCCAGAAUAUUGCAAUAUUCCCUGCACGAAUCAAUACAAUUAUGAAACAGGCUUCCAAGACAGCAGUCUGUAUCAUUUGAAGCAAAACGGGGAAAAAAUUUGCUCUGAAGAUCAGAAAAGCAGAGCAAAAAUCCUAGAUGAAGUCACCAGGGGCAAGAUCAAUUUUGAGUAUGCCCAGUUAAAUAACAAAGCACUCUCCUAUUUAAAAGACUUCACAUUGGAGCUCAGUGCAGGCGAUCCGGCUCCCACAGCUCUCAGCAGACCCACGUUCCUACCUCUCCCCCGUGCUCCUGCUGCCUCACCAGCCACGCACAGCCUGCCCAUCGCCCCGCAGCCCUGGGGGGCUGAGCAGCACAGCCUGCGGCCCUGGGGCUGCAUGGCAGGAGGGGCUGCCCUGUGCCCCCGCCCGGAGGCAGCAGCCCCAGACAGCGCUGUGAUGGGGAGCAGCCACCCGUAGCACGUCGUGCUGAGAAGGUGAUUGCUGAAGAACCCACUUGUAGAUAUGGAUGCAGCCCACUUCUACAUAUUAUAUUGCAUGGCAAAAUAACAAGGACGUUGCAACUGCGUCAAACUCAACAGGACUUUUCACUAGAAAUGCCACCAGCGGGGUCACAGCAGUUGGUGAUGCCAGCCUGUCUCAGCAGUUAGUGCUUCCUGACAACUUCAUGCCCUUGAAACCAUGUUUUCAGAUGGAUGUUAAAUAAUACUCUUCUUAAAACAAAAAAAAAGUAGGAUUUUGGAGGAAGUUGUGCCAUGACAAGAAGGUUUAAGAAAAACAGUGUAUUUCUGUCAUAUUUUGCCACGUUACAACAGAAAACGUCACUAUAUUUUAAUACACAGAUAUAUGCAGAAUGAUCAUUCACUUGUGAAGUUAUUUUGAGGAAGUAUAAUUAUUUUUCAUUGCCAUAAUUUUUCUUGAAUUUUACAGAAAUGCUUUGUAUAUUUUAUGGCAACUUUUAAUCACCUUAAAGCAACAGGGUUGUAGAUGGUACUCUACAUUACUGUGGCAAGAUUUACUCCUUGGGGAAAGAUAUUCUGAAAAUACCCGAACAAAAUAUCAGUAAGCAUAAUAUAGUAUCACAGAAUCAUAGAAUCACAGAACGGCAGAGGUUGAAAAGGACCACAAUGCUCAUCUGGUUCCAACC